UGUUGUUUGCUCUUGUUGGGAUACACUAAGUGAGAAUUCAGGUCUGUGACAAUUACCAAAGGUGUCCAGUGCUUUUAUACUGCAGUAACUUAAUCUUAUAAGAUGAUUCAGGAACUCUACUAACACCCUUGUACCCCAACCCAAACCACACCAGCAGUACCCCCAGAACACCACACCCCCUUCCAUGCGGUUGACACAAAACUUCAUCUCCUCCCUGCAUGAGACCCACUGUACUUUACUGCGCUCAGUUUAACUAAACAAAUUUUUAAUGUAUGGAUAUAUUUGGCCAUGAGUCACUGUUAUUCUCCUGUGUAAAAUAACGCUGUGUAACUUUUUGUUUAAACAACCUGUGUAAUUUUUAAACAAGGUUGUGUGAUCAUAUCCAAGCUGUGUAAAUCCUAUGUUGUGUAAAUGUAGUUUUAUGUUAUAAACCGAUAUUUGCCGCCUAAAAUGAACUUGAACAACUGUUGUGUAAACUUUUAAGCACGUGAUAUGAAAGUAGCCAAUCACGACGUCACAAAAAAGCUGGAAAAAUGGCAGACGUGCCGGAGUUGUUAGAGCAGUGGGGAUUUGGGGAUUUGGUUGAAGUUUUUGACGGUAAGUACAAUGUUUCAAUUGUUUUAUUAAUAAAAAGCACGAACAUGAAGUAUUGUAGCGUAAACUGUGUGUGAUUUUAUCACAUGGCUUUUGGUAAAUUAGCCCAAAAUUUAUUUCAAGAAGUUUGCUUACACGGCAUCGACGGCACUGCAUACAGUAGUGCACAUGAAGUUCAACAGGAAUAUACGUUGAUUCUGAACUGAAGGCUCGAAGUUGUUCGAAUCUUCGAUCAUAUUUUUUCCGUGCAAGUUUAUUAUGUUUGAGCCAGAAUUUACACCCAAAACAAUUUUUUAUUUGAAGGGUAUUCCGUAAUAAAUGUGUUUGUGAAAUGACUUAAUAUUAGUACAACCAUUUGUGACCAAUGAUUUUCCGUUUCGGAAAAGUGCAAAUUCCGUUUCCGUUUCCGACAUAAAAAUUCAGUUUCAACUUUACACGUUAAAAAACUCUCUAUUAACCAACGGCCGAUUCAGUUCCGGAGUUGGCAAUUUUCAAAAUUUUACGGAUCCAAUGUUAUAGAGAUAAGCAGUAAAAACAAGUUAGAAACAUGCAACAGCCGUUGCGUUAUCAUUGCACCAAGACAGAAACAGAACGUCAGCCAUUUUGUUUUCACUUUGGCGACAAAAUGUUGAAAGUUUAUGGUUGAUUUGUGACCUUUAUGAGUGAACAAUCAAUGUGUGAGUUCAUAUAGAGCAGGGGUAAGCUGGUUUAUGUAUGGUUGUUGAUUAAAGGGAGGGAUAUAAUGCAAUUUGAGUGAAAAAAAACAGUAAAGAACGUGCCGUGAAUGUGAUGAUUUUGACCUCCAACUCCGUAGUCAUGGUAUGGUAGUGUUACUAUAAAUACCAUAGAGCAAGGCCUAUGCUAAUACAUAUACUAGCAUUGUAAACAACGUGUAUUCAUUUGUACAUCGUUCGUAGGCUGACAUGACCCUGGUUGAACUGACCGAGUCACAAGUUAAAGAUGCAAUAACAUGGAUGAAACAUAAUGAAGAACCAAAGGCAAUGUUAUUUGAGUACAUGGCCAACACCUGUAAACAACGUUACAACUGGAUCAAGACAGAUAGCCCAACUACAGCAGAGAUCCUGGAGGUGUAUCCUCGGCUGUUAGAUCCAGGAAUUGUUGAGCAAGAUUUCCGACUGGCGAUCUCUGAAGAGACUAACCAGCUUUAUGCUAAGUGGCCUUCUUUUUCCAAACAAGUGUACAAGUACAACUCGAAGGUACUCGGGAUCAAUUGGGAAAAGCAGUUGGAUGUAGGAGAGAUCGAUUUUGGCAACUUGACAGAAGAGGAGUGUCAAGAACUGGCUUUCUCAGUUUUGCCAUUACUUUUUGUGGGGAGGAGCAAAGGCAUGAAAGGGAGAUGUACCCCUGCAGAAUCCCUGCGAUCGUUCAUCGAUAUGAAACCAGAAGGUACUGACAUCCAAAACUACAUGGCGAGCAUUCCGGCAAAGGAACGCCCACAGCCCUUCAUUCUUCUUCUUGGUGGAAGCAGGUUCAGCCCUCAACAAGUCUUCAUGGUAGUGGAGAGAAGGGCUGUUUUAUGUUCAUCAAUUCUUCAAGCAGUAGACAUAUGCAUGAAAAUUAUCUAUGUACUCGAUUUGGAUUACCAGCCACACUGCAGUGCAGUGUGGCACAUGCUACAACACAUGGUGUAUAUGUUGCCACCAGGUUCCCUGGCAGGUGUCUCAUUGAUAACUUUCCGAACUUGGCUGAGACAUUUGCCAGAGGCCUAGGUAGGAAUCUAUUUUCAGAUAGGUUAUACACACAGCAUAAAUAAAGAAAAUUCCGAAACAAAAAUAUAUGUAAUGGCAAAGAAAUUAUAAUAAUAAUGAAGUACAUGCAUA